CAAAACACAUGGAUAAAUAAAAAAAAAACAGAGUUAGCCGGUUGACACAGACAAAAUGUUGACAUAUUAAUUUGAAAAUAAGUGGAUAAAAUGGAUAAAUAAUAAAAACAUAAUUUGUUAGUUUUUUUUAAUUUAAUAAAAAUAAAAUAAUAUUUCAAGCAAGCCAUGAAGUAUUGGAGUUUAAUUGUUAUUGUCUUGUUAAUGGUUGGUUUGACGUUAUCAACAUUGUCACCACCAAAAGACAAACAACGAAAAGACAAAGGAAAAAAAAAAGAUAAUCAGAAAGGACCAGUUGAUCAAAGUGUUUUUGAUAGAGGUUUAGUCGUCAAGGAUCCAAAAAAUAUUGAUAUUCUUCGUGAAUCUGGUUUAUAUCAUCAAGAUACUAAUCAUAGAAAUUUUGAUGGUGAAGUUUUGGGAUACAUUACACCGUGGAACAGUGGAGGUCUAGAAGUGGCUAAAACAUUUCAUGGUAAAUUAACAUCAGUAUCACCAACUUGGUUAACACUGCCAAAUGGAAGUAUCAAAGAAUUUAAAAUUGCAACACAUGAUGUACAAGAAAAAUGGCUCAAAGACAUUCGCACAGCUAAUGAUGCAAUUCAUCAACUGAAAGUAUUGCCUCGUUUGUUAUUUGAAAACUGGAAACCCAAAGAAAUAAUUAAUCUUCAUAAAAAUGAAGCAAGAAGAGCUCAAUUGGUACAAGCACUUAUUGAAACAGCCAAGAAACACAAAUUUCAUGGCUACGUUUUAGAAAUUUGGAUUGGAUUUUAUUAUUCUGGAGUUGACACAAGAAUUAUUAUUGAUUUAAUUAAAUCACUGAGUGAAGAAUUGAAGAAAAAUAAUUUACAAGUUGUUCUUGUUAUUCCUCCAUCAAGAAGUUCAGAAACUGAUGUAUUUUCACAGACACAUUUUGAUUUAUUAUCACCAAUCGUUGAUUAUUUUUCAUUGAUGACAUAUGAUUAUUCAUCAGUACAACGUCCAGGACCAAACAGUCCUUUGGAUUGGGCUAGAAAAUGCAUUGAAAAAUUAGUCCCUAAUGAUGAUGAUCCAAGACGUCAGCAAAUACUAAUGGGUUUGAAUUUUUAUGGCUAUAAUUAUAGCCUUGAAGGUGGUGGAGCAAUACUUGGCUCACAGUAUUUAGAGUUAGUUGAAUCACACAAAGGAAAAAUUAAAUGGGAUGAUGGAAGCAAGGAACACUAUUUUGAAGUCAAAACAAAAGUUGGAAGUUCAUUUGUUUUUUAUCCAACACUUUUUUCACUUCAACAAAGAAUUCAACUUGCCAAAGAUAUGGGUACUGGAAUAUCAAUUUGGGAACUUGGACAAGGUUUAAACUAUUUCUACGAUCUUCUCUGAAUUUGUUAAUCAAUUAACUAUCAAAAAUUUAUCAUAGUUUAUAAAAACAUUUAAAAAUAUUAAUAUUACAAAAAAAUUACAUGAAUUAUAUAUUUUCUUCCAAAUAAAAUCCAUAUUUGAUCAAGAAAUAAACUAUUAAUUUUUAGCUAUUAUUAACAACUAUGUAAAUGAAUUAAUAAAUAGUUAAAAUAAUUAAAU